UAUACUAACAUUGUAACUUCCAGAUUUUUUGUAGGAUGCCUCGAGGUGGAGCGGCUAAGAGGUUCUUGCAUGACCUAUUACCUGAUCAGAGGCUUGUAGUUGAAGUGGACAUGGAACACCUUUGCCCUAUAGGGGAUAAUGGUACGUAUAUAACCAAAUAUAUCAGUCAUCUAGCGAAUGAUGGACGCAAACUACCGUUGACAAUACAUGACUGGAAACACAUGCCUUCACAUUUAAUUGAGAAUGUGGUGCUUGAAAUAAAGCAAAUAUUUGAGUACCCAGAAGUGUUGGAUGACUGGAUAUACACCAAGAUAAAUAAUAGGUGGAAGGAUCACAAAUUUCAUGUUAAAAAGGCGGCUUAUAAAAAAUGGAAUACGGUGGAAGAACGUCUUGCUAAUCCACCACACGAUGUUGUUGAGAGCCAGUGGAGGGUACUCGUUGAGGUUUGGAAUACUGAUUUGAAGAAAAAAGCAAUAUGCCAAAUAAACAAAGAAAACAGGGAGAAACAACAAUUUCACCACACUACUGGCUCUAAACCACAUGCUAAGUGUGCAGCAGAGCUGGGAAAGAAACUAGGACGGCGUCGUAAACGUCACGAGAUCUUUGGUGUUACCCAUACUAAAAAGAAGAAAACUGAAGACCCAGAUGAAGUAUUGAUGGAUCCAGAAGUGGCUGCAGAACUCAAGGAAAUGGAGGAAGUAGAGAUCCAAGCUAGCCAACCAGGUUCUGAUAUUGUGCUACAAGGACGACAUGAUGCUUUUGCCCAAGUGCGAGGACGGGAUAAAGGUGGCCGUGUUCGCUGUCUAGGCAAUGGUAUAAAGCCAAUGAAAUAUUGGGGUGAAGAAUCAUGCACCAAUCCUACCACUGACCCAGAUGCUGAAGUUUUGAACCUUAGACAUCAAUUGGAGAAUACUGUUUCACAACUUCAAGCAGCAAUGCAAUGGAUAGCUGAACUGGAGGCGCUUCUUUCGCGUCAUGGACUGGGAACUGCCAGCACUGUUACCCCAUCGACUGACGCAGAGAUCGGGAACAGUCCAUGAGUGGAAGAUCUUGGUGCACAUAUAUAGAUGCUUGACUGAUAUACUACUAAUAUAUAACUAUGGCGACUCAGGUGCUUGUUUUUUUUUGUUGCUACAAGGGACUGGUAUCUCUUUCUUUUUUUGUUUUCAUGCCAUCAGGUGUGUUCUUAUCAUGUCCCAAACUUUCCACAGGCAUUUCGGAUGUUGAUAAUCUUAGUUACAAGCUUUUUGAACUCUCUGGGUGUUGUUUGGUUGCCCAGAAUUAUGUUUUUUGAACAGUGAAACAUCUUACUGUUGUUUCUAUAGUGCAUCUAUGUAAAACUUUGAUAGGAAUGGUAUAAGAAUUAUGAAUGGUACAAGAAUUCUGCAA